AUGGAGAAGUGGAAAGAGUUUCCCCUUUCCAAGGAGGAGGAGGAAGGGGUCACGGUGGAAGGCGAGGAGAUCUGUGGGGAAGAAACUUUUCAGAGAACCCUAGCGGGUCGACUUUGGACAGAGAGCAGUUUCAACUCAAGAGCAUUCACUAGUACUAUGCUGGGAGCUUGGAAGCUGAGGAACCCGGUUGAAACACAAGAACUUAGCAAAAACCUCUUCCUUUUCCGGUUCACCACGAAACGUGAUCUCGAAUCGGUGCUGCGAAACGGGCCGUGGAGUUUUGAUAGAAAUAUCCUGGUUCUUGCUAGGGUCUCAGGGGAAGAGCAACCUUCAGAGUUGAAUAUGCACUAUGGUGUUUUCUGGGUAAGGGUGUAUGAACUUCCGUUGAUGCUUAGAUCGGAGGCGAUGGCUAAGAAAUUGGGAGGGAUCCUCGGGAAGUUUGAAGAAAUGGACAUGAAGGAGGCGAACAGGAAUGGUAGAUUUCUGCGAAUAAAGGUUACCAUGGACCUCAAAUUGCCGUUGAAACGUGGUACUGUGGUGAGGUUCAAGGAUAAGAAUCUUCGAGUGUUCUUUAAGUACGAAAGGCUCCCUACUUUCUGCUUUGUUUGUGGUCGUCUAGGACACCAGUUAAAAGAUUGUGAGUCAACAGGAGACCUCAGUGAUGAGGGUUUCGAAGACAUAGAGGAGAAUGACCUCCUGUAUGGGCAGUGGCUUAGAGCUUCCCCUCUCCCCAGAGUCAACGAGGAUGUGAGGAAAAAAGAAUCAAAUUCGAGCUCAUGCAGCAAGAGCCUCUUUAAUCUUUCGUCUGGUCAAAGCAAGUGUGAGGCCAGGGGUAAGGAGAAGGAGGGAGAAGGAGAAGUGGAACAACUUAGAGACUCGGGUGACAAGGGCAAGGAAAAAUUAAUAACAACAACUCCGGCCACGGUGGCUGUUCCGGUUAACCUCCUGGAAAUUGAAGCGGUAGCUGAGUCUUUUGGGGCAGUUGAUAUAUCUAAUGUUGACGCUAACAAGGGAUCUUCCUUUAAGGGCAAAACCAUUAAGAAGAAGAAGUGGACCAGGAGACAACCUAUAAGGAAGUCCUUAGCUGCGCCAAAACAAACACUUGAUCGUGAGAUAGGGAAGAGACAUUUGGUUGACGUGAUGAUCAUAGAAGGUGAGGUUGAGGACUGCGGCAGUGGUGAGAAGAAGAGGAGAGGAGGUCAAGACGCUUUGGUUAGGUCCCCACAAUUGUUACCAGAGGUGGUGUUGGAAGACCAACACCGCCUAGAACAAUGA